UUUUUUUAAUUAAUGGGGUCGGUCUAAUGUUUGAUUUGGAUCGGAUUUCCUCGUAUCAGCAGUCCUUAUCCUACUUUAUUUAGUUUUUAUUUUCCUAUUCACAUAUUUUCUUUCAAAUAAAUUUCCACAAAAAUAAAGAAACAAAAAUGCAGGAGAAGUGAGCAUCAACUGCACUUUACACGUCUUUCAAUCUUCAAUCUUAGCCCUUCGCCUUCUUAAGGUACGACGAAAGUAGAAACAAACUGUUUUUUGGGACUGCUGUUGGGGAGCUCUAGGAAUUGGUAUCGAUUGGUAAUUUAGGGUUUACAUCUUUGUACCCAAUGGAACAGUUGAAAUUGACUGCAGAAUCUCAUGUCAAAGAGAUAACAGCUAGAUGGGAUCCAGUUCAUGCAUGCCGACCUACCAUUGAUGAAGCACCUGUAUUUUACCCAACUAUCGAGGAAUUUGAAGAUACACUUGGUUACAUAACAAAAAUACGCCCAAAGGCAGAACCAUAUGGCAUAUGUCGGAUUGUUCCUCCAUCUUCUUGGAUUCCACCCUGUCCUCUUAAGGAGAGAGAUAUAUGGGACCGUGUUAAAUUUUCUACGCGGAUUCAGCAAGUUGACUUGCUUCAAAAUAGGGAACCCAUGAGAAAGAAAGGCAGAGGCAGGAAGCGAAAACGAAGAAAGCACUCAAGAAUGGGAACCAGCAGGGGACGCACAAAUUCUGAUUCAGAAGCUAAUGUUGCUUUUGAGAGUGAUGAGAAGUUUGGAUUUCAAUCAGGAUCAGACUUCACACUUGCAGAUUUUCAGAGAUAUGCUGAUGCUUUUAAAGAGUGCUAUUUUGGGUUAAAGGGUGCUAAAGAGGACUUAAAUUCUAGUGAAACUGAAGAGAAAAAAGGAUGGGACCUCUCUGUGGAGGAUAUUGAAGGUGAAUACUGGCGGAUAGUAGAGCAACCAACAGAUGAGGUUGAGGUAUACUAUGGGGCUGACUUGGAAACAGGAGCAUUUGGUAGUGGGUUUCCCAAGGUAUCUUCUGUGGUAUCCAAAAUCGACUCAGAUCGAUAUGCGAUGUCUGGUUGGAAUCUGAAUAACCUACCACGCCUGCCAGGUUCUGUACUAAGUUUUGAAGAAAGUGAUAUCUCAGGAGUUCUAGUGCCAUGGCUCUAUGUUGGGAUGUGCUUUUCUUCUUUCUGUUGGCAUGUUGAGGACCAUCACCUUUAUUCACUAAACUAUCUACACUGGGGUGAACCUAAGAUGUGGUAUGGAGUACCUGGAAGCCAUGCUUCCACUUUGGAAAAUGCAAUGAGAAAGCAUUUACCUGAUUUAUUUGAAGAACAGCCAGAUUUACUUAAUGAACUGGUCACUCAGCUAUCUCCUUCGGUUCUAAGAUCUGAGGGUGUACCAGUAUAUCGGGCUGUUCAGCAUUCUGGUGAAUUCAUUCUUACCUUUCCAAGGGCAUACCACUCUGGAUUUAAUUGUGGUUUCAACUGUGCGGAGGCGGUGAAUGUGGCCCCUGUUGAUUGGUUAGUGCAUGGCCAGACUGCAGUGGAGCUUUAUAGUGAGCAGUGUCGGAAGACAUCGAUUUCCCAUGACAAAUUGCUAUUAGGAUCUGCUCUGGAAGCUGUACAGGCCCUUUGGGAACUAUCCAUUAUGGGAAAGGAAACUGCCAAAAAUUUGAGAUGGAAAGGUCUUUGUGGGAAAGAUGGGGUACUGACCAAUGCAGUCAAGACAAGGGUAAAGAUGGAAAAGGAAAGAUUAGAUAAUCUUCAUAGUCAAUUGAAGUUGCAAAAGAUGGAAAGGGACUUCGAUGUGGAGAAAGAGAGAGAAUGCUCAUCUUGCUAUUAUGACUUGCACCUAUCUGCUGCCAGCUGCAAGUGUUCUCCUGAUCAGUUUUCAUGUCUUAAACAUGCCAACCAUUUCUGUUCAUGUGAAAUAGACAAUAGAUUUGUGCUUCUGCGCUACUCUAUGAGUGAGUUGAACACACUGGUUGACGCAUUGGAAGGAAGCGUGGAUGCAAUAAAAGUAUGGCCAUCAGAUGCUAGAAAGGCCAUCUGUGUAGCUAAACCAGAUAUUAAAAGUGACACAUACGGAACCAAGUCUUAUGAUCAAAAGGAAAGUUUAUCUUUUUGCCUGGAAACUGAAGAGAAAUUAAACUUAAAUGUGCCCUGCACUUCAUAUAGCCUUCGUUUUUCAGAAGUUAUCCAGUCAGAAUCUCAGCAUGGAUCAUUUAGUGUAUGCACAUCUCAUAUGAGUAUAGAUAGUCAAAAUAAGAUCAUGAAUGACAAAACUGUAGUCAUGAACGGUGAAGGUAAGGUGGAGCAGGAUUGCUGUAUUGAUUUGAACCUCAACAUUAUGUGUGAUGACCAUGAAAGUGGGCUGCUACGUACAUCAGAUAGCCAUAAUAGCAAGGCUGUCACAAAUGGGGAGACCUCUAUGUCAAAUUGCAAACAAAAAAAUGUUGAUAGAUCAUAUUCAGCAAGAGAACUAGAUAAAGUGCAACAUGAUAGCAUCUACAAUCCAUCAGUUUGUCAAGUUCUUACAAGCAGAGAUUAUCCUUCAUGUUCGAGAGGUAUUAAGCAUACUGGUUCAGUUGUAGGUAACAAGCUGUUUGGGGUUGAUAUUUUAUCUUUGCAUCCACAUUCUGAAGUGCCAUCAGACAGAUCUUUAGAAACCGGAAUUGCGGAUACUUUAUUCAAUGGUAGUUAUCCAAUACAACAGUUAGAUCCUUGUGUUGAGCCUAUAAAUCUUGGGACACUCAUGUUUGGCAGGCUUUGGUGCAGUAAGCAGGCCAUAUUCCCAAAAGGAUAUAGGACCCGUGUAAAGUUUUUUAGCGUGCUCAAUCCAACAAAAAUUUGUAGUUACAUAUCAGAAGUCCUCGAUGCUGGCUUUCUUGGGCCAUUGUUUAAGGUUACUUUAGAAGAAUCUCCAAGUGAGACAUUCACAAACUUCUCAGCAGAAAAGUGCUGGGAAAUGGUGCUCCAGAGGAUAAAAAACGAAAUUAUACAAAAGAGCAGCCUAGGGGAACGGGGACAGCCCUCUUUGCAGCCUUUGCAGAGUGUUAAUGGGCUUGAAAUGUUUGGGUUUCUCUCUCCACGGAUUAUUCAGGCUAUUGAGGCUCUUGAUCCCAAUCAUCGAUGUGUGGAGUACUGGAAUCACAGAUGCAUGGUACCUGUGACUUUGGAUGCCAAUAAGUACUCAUGGACAUUGAGUUCCUGUACAGAAGACAGGAAGGAAAAAAACUUAGCAUCAACUUGACAAAGCAAGACCCGGAUAAUCCAUCCAAAGGGCAAGGUCACCAUGACUUAACUGAUGAAGAGUUACAGCUAGCACUAUGAGGAAACCCGAAAAAAUUGACAAAAAAUGUAGGAUAUUUAUUCUGCAGUGGAGAGUGCCAUUGACACCAUUGAUAGAGAAGAUCCAGAAAUCCUGUAGAUAGAAUAAGGAUUAGAAAUAGGUCCAACCAUUCUUUUUCAUUGAAGGUAACUUCUUAUUCCCAUUUAGUCAAAUAGGCCAGAUUCUUUCAAAGAUCUAUAACAGGCAAAGAGAAAUCCUUGUGUGAGUUGUGCACAGAUGUCAGAUGUGCCCACCAAUGAUGAGCAUGAUGUAGAGUCUUAAUUUGAUGAUUCAGAACUCAUUAAAGGAUCUCAAUUAAGGCUGCUUCUACCUUGGAAAAGUUUACCAGUUUUGGUUUAAUUGUCUUCCCCAGUCUUACACCUCUCACUGUAUAUGUUGAUGCA